CGAGAGGCCGCAGAGCUGCCAAGGGAGGCUCGGAGAGCACCGGCCCAGUCUCCAGCCACCGGCUGGGCGAAGGUGAGGCCUGCGGUGGCCCGGCUGGCUGCCGUCAUGCCCUCCGACUCUCCCUCGGCGCCCCCGACGGUGGCGACUCCCAACGCCACAGAGGCCGCGGCGCGGGCCAACCUCAGCGCGCCCGAGGGGCCCCUGUUCCACCUGUUCGCGGCGCUGGACGAGGAGCUGCACGCCGCCUUCCCGGGCCUGUGGCUGGCGCUGGCGGCCGUGCACGGCCUCAUCUGCCUGGUGGGGCUGGUGCUCAACGGGCUGGCGCUGUACGUCUUCUGCUGCCGCACCCGGGCCGCCACGCCCUCGGUCAUAUACACCAUCAACCUGGUGGUGACCGACCUGCUGGUGGACCUGUCCCUGCCCACGCGCUUCGCCGUCUUCUACAGCACGCGGGGCUGCCUGCGCUGCGCCUUCCCGCACGUCUUCGGCUACUUCCUCAACAUGCACUGCUCCAUCCUCUUCCUCACCUGCAUCUGCGUGGACCGGUACCUGGCCAUUGUGCAGCCCGAGGGCUCCCGCCGCUGGCGCCAGCCAGCCUGUGCCCGGGCCGUGUGCGCCCUCGUGUGGCUGGUGGCUGGCGCCGUGACGCUGUCCGUGCUGGGCGUGACGGCCGGCGCUGGGCCCUGCUGCCAUGUCCUCGCGCUGACCGUGCUGGAGUUCCUGCUGCCCCUUCUGGUCAUCAGCGUGUUCACGGGCCGCAUCGUGUGCGCGCUGUCGCGGCCGGGACUGCUGCGCCAGGGCCACCAACGCCGUGUGCGGGCCAUGCAGCUGCUGCUCACCGUGCUCGUCAUCUUCCUCGUCUGCUUCACGCCCUUCCACGCCCGUCAGGUGGCCGUGGCGCUGUGGCCAGACAUCCCGCACCGCACCAGUCUCGUGGUCUACCACGUGGCCGUGACCCUCAGCAGCCUCAACAGCUGCAUGGACCCUAUCGUCUACUGCUUCGUCACCAGUGGCUUCCAGGCCACUGUCCGUGGCCUCUUCCGCCGGCAUGGAACAGAGCUUGAGCCUGGCGCUGGCGAUGUGGUCAGCAUGCGCAAGAGCUCCAGGGGCUCGGGCCACCGUCACAUUCUCAGUGCCGGCCCUUGUGCCCUUACGCAUGCCCUGACCAAUGGGCCGGAGGCAUAGUCAGCAGGGCCCAGCAAGGAGGCCAAAGGUCGGGUCUGGGCUAAGCACGCCACGUCAGGGCCAGCUCUGCCUUGUGGCAAGUCGGUUUCACCUUGAUCGAUUGGCUAUGUCUGCCCAGGGCACAGCAUGGAGAUUCUAAGGCCGUUGUGCCCUGGUUGAUUAGCAAUGUCUGCCAUGGCUCCAGAUGUGGUGUGGGGCUCUGAAUGCUGCCUAUUUGCUAUCCCUAGAGUAUAUAUUGUGUUCAUUGAAAAUUGAGCGGGGUAGCCAGGAACUCCUUCUUGCCUGGGCCAUUCCAUCCCCAGGAGGUUCUCAGAAAAAGGGACAAAAAUUUUUUAGGUACUGGGGAUUCCAAGAGAGUUAAAAAGCCAACCUGGAGAGGUCACCUCCCCACCUCUCUUCAUUCUCCACUUCUGCAUCCCUCCCCCAAAGAGACAGAAGAACAAGCACAGAAAGGAAACGUCAGGGGACACAGCAUUACAUGAAUGACAUGAGGGUUCAUGUCUGUGUGGGACCCUCACCCGAGGUGUCCAUGAUUUGCAUGGUAAGACCACAUGACACCCCGAGGGAGCUUUACUCUGAACCAGCACUUGGAUAUCUGGGUUGAUGCUUGAACCUGCAACAACCUCACAAAAGAGGCUAUUUUCUGCCCAUCUGCGGUGCAGGAGAGGUUAAGCAGCAAGUACAGUGCCACAGCUGGGAAUGGCCAGGUGCAAACCAAAACCCAGUCCCGCUUCCUCCAACACCCAGUGCUUGCCCCAUGGAGGCUGCUCAAACCUUCCCAAAGCCCCCACCCGAGGGAUAUGGUCCCAAAGGCCCUACCUGCUGCCCCUGCUGGUGUGGCUCAGGUCAAUGGGCAUGGCCCUGGGCACCCAGAGGUUGCCGGCUUGAUCC